UCUUUCUCUUCCUCUUCCUCCUCCGGUCACGGCGCGGGGAGCGCGACGAGGCCGGAGCUGCUCAGAGAAAUGUGGCGCCGCGCCCUGCCGCGGGUUGUCUCCAGCCGGGAAGCCGGCCUGUGGCCGAGCUCCUGAAAAGGUGGUGUCGGGCCCGUGAGGCUAAUGGUCCGCAGCUCAAYGCCCGUGAGAAAGGCAGUGCCUCGCCGCUUUACUCAGAGCAGCCCUAGAGGCCUUUUCAGUUGCACUGUUUUGUACUAAAAAGCGGGAGUUGGUCGCUGGGCUGAAGCGGAAGUUGUGGUUCCGUGGCCGAAAAAUAUUUUCCCGUGGGAAAAUAGCAAGAAAAACAUAAUUUGGGCAUUAACAAGACUCAAUAAAUUCUAAACCCACAUUGAAACAAUUUACUAUCUUAAGAUUUAUCGAGAAACCCCUUCUCUAGAAGUGUUUCCUACCCCCAAUGGCUAAGUAUUUUUGACAACUUUUAAUUGCAGAUGGAGAAGCGUUUGUAUUUUGGUAUCCCUAGGUAAGCCAUGCCUGUUUCAGCUGAUGAAACUGUGGGGAACCUGGCUGUGAGAGAUGCAGUCCUAACUCCAUCUGGAAUUGAAGGAUUUCAAGAAUCAUCAUCUACACAGAAUGUAAAAGCUCGACAAGUUAUAUCACGAAUCAGUCGAGAAGAAUUGGAAGACAGAUUUCUUCGUGUACAUGAUGACCACAUCCUACUCAAACAGUAUGCAAAUAAGCAAGAGGAGAAAAUUAAAAGAAUGACCACCAAGUUAACACGCCUCAUUAAUGAUAAAAGAAAAUGUGACCAGGUUGGCAGUGGAUCUAAGCGGCUGGGUCAGGCUCUGGAGCUGGAAGAAAUGAUUGAACAUUUGCGAGAAAGAGUUCGUGAGCUUGAGAAACAAAAUGAGACCCUCCGCAACAAACUCAUUUCAACUAAACAGCAGCUCCAGAUUCAAGGCCAUAGACCUUGUCUAUACAGCUCUGUUCAGUCUCGUGUGAACACAGGUCUCAAAAAAGAGAGUGAGGCAGCCGGCAUACCAGAGCACACCAAGAAGGGAAUGAGAUUUCAGAGUUUAGAAGUGAGCUCACCUGAUCUUGUGCUUCCCAAAAACAUACAGAGUUUGCUUGAGGAUUCAAGAGCUGAAAUAAGAAAUCUGGAGACUGUCAUUGAGUCCCAAAGAAAACAUAUUGAGGAACUAGAACAUGCCAGAGAGAUUCUUGUGAGUCAGCUAAGAAGGAAAGAAAAGGAAAUUGAAGAAUCUCUCUUACGGCUGAAAGAGCGGGGUACAGCAAGCCAAAGGCUAAACAUUCAGGACAAUGUGGAAAUGAUCAAGGUCCGUAAACAGCUGGCUGAAAAAAGCAAUGCUCUUUCAGCAAUGGAAGGAAAAUUUCUCCAGAUUCAAGAGAACCUAAAGAACUUGAAGACCAACCAUGAUGCUUUAUUAGCAAAAGGUGAUGAACUGAAUAUACAGCUUAAAGAGGAGCGGUUAAAGUGCUUCCAUCUUCAAAAAGAAUUGCAGUCAGUAACUAUUUCAAACAGAAGGACAGAAGAGUUACAGGAAAGAAUAAAUGAUCUAGAAAAAGAGAAUGAACUCUUAAAAGAAAACUAUGAUAAGCUGCAUAACAGUGUCUUCAGUCUGCCCCGUGAACAGCAAUGGAAAUCAAAGGAACAGCAACUGAAACUGCAGAUUGCUAAACUAGAGACAGCUAUGAAAUCUGAUUUAGCAGACAAAAAUGAAAUCCUUGACAAGAUCAAAGUAGAAAGAGACCAAAAGGAAAAGCUGAUGCAAGACAACAAAGAUCUGCAGUUACGCUACUUGGAACAAAAGCAACAGCUAGAUGAUCUGAAAAAUCAAGUGACCUUUUUGACCAAGUUUCAGGAAACUGAUGCUGAGGCAGAACUCAAUGGAACCGUCUUGGUUAUGAAGGAUCGAAAGCAACAGAAGAAUGUGGACCUUCUGUUCUUGGAAAAAGUGGAAGAUGAUAUGCAUAAAGAUUUAGAAUACUCCCUGCAGAAGCUGCAGUUAACACAUGCGGAAACAGUGCAAGAACUUGAAAAGACAAGGAAUUUGUUAAUUAUGCAGCACAAAAUUAGCAAAGAUUACCAGACUGAAGUAGAAACAAUGACAAAAAAGAUCGAAAGUCUACAGAAAGACUAYGAGUUAAAACUGGAACAGUAUACCCAUCUUCUUGAUAUUAGAGCUGCACGCAUCAGAAAACUUGAAGCCCAACUAAGAGAUAUUGUCUAUGAUGCAAAACCACUUAAGUCCACACUAGAAGUAUUGCCAAGUGAUCCAGUGGAUGGAUUUGUUGAAACUGUUCAUUUAGAAAGAGGAGAGAACGUUUUUGAAAUUCAUAUCAGCAAAGUGAUCUUCUCUUCUGAAGCUAUGCACACUUUYGGUGACUGGGAACCUGCAACCUUUUGUACUUACGCAUUCUAUGACUUUGAACUUCAGAUAACCCCAGUGGUUCAUGGGAAUGCCCCAUCAUAUGACUUCACUUCUCAGUUUCUUGUGCAGUCUGAUGACAGCUUCUUUCACUAUAUACAGGAAAACAGCAUCACACUUGAGGUUCAUCGUGCGUAUGGCAUAGAUUAUGAAACGAUUGCUUCUUGUCAACUUAAGUUCCGUGAGAUCUUGGAAAAUGAUGGCAAGAUCUACAACACAGCAAAUUUAGUUGGAAAAACAGGACACAUUCAAAAUUAUGGUACCAUAGAAUACUGGAUCAGGUUACAAGUUCCUAUGGAUCAAGUUAUUAUUCCCUACAAACAGAGGUCAAAGGCUCUGGGAUAUAUAACAGCCAGUUUUAGGGAACAUGCACAACCAUUCCAGACACCAACACUCAAACUGAAGCACCGUGCACCUCAAGCACACAAGAGAGUCUCUUUUCUGGAUCGUAGUACAAUACAUAUGGCACAUGUGGUACAGGAGGCUAAGCACCUGUCAGAUGACAAGAUGAAGGAGAUGGCUGAAGAAAUUCAGCAGGAAAAAGAAGAGCUCUCUCAUGUGUCAGAGGAGCAGCUGGCUGACCAAACAUUGAUUACUUCUAAAGAUAAGAAAGAAAUAAUUGAAGAACUGGAACCAGAAGAUCAAGAAGAUCAUCAAGAGGAUGAUGCUGUUGAAUCAAUAAAAACUGACAGUGAUGACUGUAUUAUUUCAAGUCCAGUAUCCACAAAUAUUAAACAGCUGAGUCAGAGUAUACAUGGCAAUUAUUUGGAAGGUGAAAAAAUCCGGAUUAAAAUUACAUCACUUGGUCUUACUGAGUCACGAAUUACAUCAGAUGAAACAAUACAGCAGCUGUUUGUAGAAUGCAGAUUGAAUAGUUUCCUUGCAGAGGAGACCCCACUGUCACUUCCAAAACCAUUUGGUGGUCAGAGGAUUCAUUAUAAUUAUAGCACUGUGAUAAAUGUGGAUAAAGAAGAUAACCAUGCAGAAAGAGAGUAUCUCAAGUCAAUUCUUCUAAAGCCAGAUCUACCUGCUGACAGCCUGAAAUUUACAGUGGUCAGUGAUCCCCCAGAAGAUGAACAGGAUCUUGAAUGUGAGGAUAUUGGGUUUGCUUAUGUCAGUUUAAAAGAGAUAUUCCAGAAGCAAAGAGAUAUCAUUGAGCAAGAUAUUGAUGUUUUUGAUUCACAAGAUGCCAGUACUGUUAUUGGAAAGCUUACAGUGACAGUGGAGGCCCUCCAUGCACUGCGUUCAGUCCAUGAAGAAUGCAAAAAUGACUAGGAGGCAGGAAAGGAGCAUUUGCYUAUAGAGGUUCUUGCUUCCAGUGUAAAGAUAUACUUGAUGGUUCAAAAAAAUGAGAUCUUUGUCAUUCUUACAGUAUAUUUAAUGUAAAAUGUGUAUGAAAAAUACGUUUGAUUGGCAGGUGUAAAGUUCUGUACACUUUUCAGUCUGUUUUCUUAUUUUUAAGGUCCUUGUUGAAUCAUACUUCAGGCUCUCAACACUUGAUAUUAUCAUGGUCUUAGUUCUAACAAAGUUUGCUUUCCAAUGAAAGCUGCUUGUAAAUUACCAGAUACCAGUUGAGGGUAUUUUGUCUAAGGAAAGAAGUGAUGGUGAACCUUCAAACAGAAAUGCUUGUACUUCUCUGUCACAGUAUGAUCUAACAAUAGCGUUAGAAAUUGCCUCAGGUAGUUUUUAGUCCAGGCACUGCAGGAUUUGGUAUUAUGUUAAGCCAUGUUUCUCAGGGCUGUAUCCAACUUAGUCUGAAAACCUCCAAGGAUGGGGAUUGCUUAACUCACAUUGUGCUUAAUUGCACAACCUGUUCUGAUGCCUGACUGUUUUCAUAGAGRAAAAAAGAGAUGCAUUACACAUUACUUCAAUCCAAAUUGAAGCAAAAGCUAUAUCUAAGCACAUGGAACAGCUUUUGCACUUAACGUACCAUCUAAUAAUUUAAUUAUUUGGWUUUUAAUUCUAGGGAUGGCAUGUUUGUUAUUUGUUUCAGCCAUUUAAUAUUUUAAAUGGCACAGAAAUAAAAAUAACAAAGCAUUUUAGUGUUGAUUUUCAUGCUAUGCAGUAUGCCAUCAAAUUUUCAUCCAGUUUUGUGAAGCAGUUGCCAAAAAAUAGCAAUUACUUUAACAAUGCAUUUUUGUUUCUGUAGAUUUCAGUGGUAAACAAUUUGUUGUGAUUUAUUCCUGGGUUUAGGGUUUUUUGUAUUAGGCUUCGAUUAUUUGAACCACAAGGAUAGCUGCAACAGUGMAAGACAGGUUUUGCACACAAUCUAGCAAUUAUUUGUUUCACAUUUAUGUGGAUUUGGACCAUACUCUAUUUUCUAUUUAGACAAAUUGUUAUUCUUGUUAAAUGCAAAAUUAUUUCCAUAUGUAUUAAAGUCACAAGAACUGAACCAUCCUUGAAAAAAAUGUUGGAAAAAUAUGAUCCUUCUACUACUACCAAAAAAGAAUCAAUAAAGUAAACUCUCUUUUGCAUAUUAUAAACUAGUGGUUAUUCUGAUUGUCUACUCAUAAGUAUCAAUAUCUAUACAAGCUGAUAGCCUUUGACUUCAGUGGUAAUGAACAACCAAAACUGUUUUACCAGAAAAAAUAAAAGGAGACACCAAUCAGCAUCUGACUGCAAGCACAGGUACAUGAACAAUGGCUAAAAAUGAGCAAACUUAAGAAUUUCUGAAAAUUCUUGCUUCAUUUUGAAAACAUUCUUUAACCUUCUUUCCUCUGCAAUAAACAUUGUAGUAUACCAAAAUCAGACUUUCCAAUAGGUUGGUAAUAUCAACGGUAUUGUGAUAAACACAUAUUAUUGUGCUGGCUUUCACAGAUAUUAAGAUGUAUGCUAUGUAUUGGGCAUCAUAAUUUAAUGCCUUUUUGUAGAAGUAGCUUAGUUAYGCAGACAUAGUUGUGAAAUAAUCACUAAUGCUUUUAUUCUUUUGUAACUCAGAUAUAGCUGUAAUAYAGCUGAUGUUGUUUUAGAAUACUUGUGGUUAAGUUGCAGUAACUGAAAUAUUAUAGUUKGUGACUUAAACAUUUCCAUGAAGGACUUUUUGCGUAUUACAGCAAAACUGUACAAAAGCUGCAGAGCGGGAAACCAAAGCCUUGAAUGGGGCCCUGGCUGCACUGAUCAAAGAUAACUAACAACCCAGAGCUGGAGAAGAAUACAUUCACAAAGAGAUCCUUUGGGGUCCCAGGGCUAUCAGUUACUAAGUCAGCACAGACCCUGACACCAAAGGGUGGAAGGAAGAGAGGCUUGGGAAUGUGUAGAGGAAAAGCCUUUGGUCAGAGGUUUUGGAACACCUGUCUUCUGCUGCGUGAAGGAACUCAGCUGAAGAGAUCCCUGCUACAGACCCUUCCACUAACCACUGCCAUCAGUUGAAACCACAGGGUCACACAUGUGACCCUCAAAGCCAUAAACACAACAUCUGCACAUGCUCUAAAAAGCRGAUCAGAGAAGGUGCUAUGCUAAAAGUUCCUGGAAAAGUUUGAAUAUGCAUAAAUGCCUAUGAAUAGGCAUUAAGCUGAUGCAAUAUGACAAGUAUUGUUAUAAACUCUCCAGACUCCUARUGAAAAUGAGCCAAAAAGAGAAAGUUUAUUUGAGAAUCCAAAAAGCCACAGAGCAAGCGUAUACAACAACACAGGACUGCUGGCUGCUUGGCUGCUCGCCAAAACGCCCAGAGAGGCAGUGGGCACUGCCUUUUAUGCCCCCCAGYCAUAAGCACGUGUAUGUUACUUUUCCAUAGUUGCCGCCCUGCGCUGUCCCUCCCUGGCGCAGGCGCACUCCUCCUGAGUGUGUUAACUCGUGUUUCCAUUGGUCCUGCCCUGGGGCUGCCGCUCUUCUGAUUGGUCGAGGCAGUUGCUGUGGCUGUGUCCUCAUUGGCUGCAGCCCAAAGUAACUAAACUUCCAUGUAACUGUUCCCCUCAUUGAAAUGCAAGACUGACCUGUCCCAAAAGCAACCCUCUACAAUAACUUAAGUACAAUUCAAGUCAAUAUUUACAAAAAAAAAAAUCAUAAAUCCAACAUUAAAUUAUACAAUACUGUGAAAGCCAAAUUCUACAAAACUUGUUUAUUAAAUAAAAGUACUUAAAGAGGUCUCCGUCAAUACGUGUGCUUUUUGGCAGAUUGCCAAGCACCUGGUGCCAUAUUCUUUGCUUUAUUGUUCUGUCCCCUACUGUCCUUUAUUAAACUUUUCAAUUGUAASAGGACAGUGAACCUCAUUUUUUGCAGUAUGAUUUACGUUCUAGAUUAAAUGUACAAAAAUUGAUCUAUUAAUAAAACUGUAUAUCCUAGUUGACCCAGGUGAUCCAAAAAUCCCAUGUCUUCCCUAGRUCAAUGUAUGAAGUUUCUUUAUUGUCUCUUUAAAACUCGGCAGCCAGGAAGUAGCACUUCAGUGUUUUAACCUGAUUCCCGGAAGGGGCAGUGAUCAUUUAAAACCAGGGAACGGAGACCCACAACCCCCAUUAGUUCUACUUAGGCUUGGGAUAGUUUGGCAAGAUCUUCACUGCGGGCACCUGCUGAGGAGGGGGAGGGCCUACCCGACUCUGCUGGAGACGCUUCUUCAGACUUCGCUCCAUUGCCUGCAGCCACUGCUGCCAGGGCCGCUUACAGCCGCUGCCCAGGAAGUGGCAUUCUGCAAUCCCCAAAUGCCGACAGGAUGGCCAUCGCUUCGGAGAGCCCCUGCCAGCUGGCAUGGAGCGGGCAGCCCCGCAGCAGUGACUCCUUUUUGGACAAAAGCAGCUCUUCAGGUUUUGU